CGAUAUCAACAUGGAUUAGGGACUCCAGACUUGAGGCAAACCCUUCCCAACCUGAAAAACUUCAUGGAGCAUGGCUGAUGGUCAGGUGCGACAGACAUCACACCUCCAGUGCAAUCCCUGUUCCAAAGAGACAAAGCUCCAUAUUUGGGGGUGCAGCUGUGGGCUACUCUGGGGGGAUUCCUUCCCCAGACAAAGGACACCGAAAACGGGCCAGCUCAGAGAAUGAGAGACUCCAGUACAAAACCCCUCCUCCCAGUUACAACUCAGCGUUAGCACAGCCUGUGCGCACCAUCCCUUCAGUGGGAGAAUCUGAGAGAAAGACGGCAUCUCUGUCCUCUUCCUUGGACACCUCCUUGGACUUUUCCAAAGAAAAUAAGAAAAAAGGGGUGGAUUUGGGUGACACCUUAAACCAGGGCCAUGUGAGUAUGGACACUAGCCAAGAACAAAGAGAAGCCCUCUCUGGGCACCCAGCCACAGUAAAUGGCACACUGCUGCCUGGCGAACAGGCUGGCCCCACCAGUGCCCAGCUUUCAGGCGAGUUCCACUCGGCCCCAGGGGCUGAGCUCUGCUGUGCCGUGGAGCAAGCAGAGGAAAUCAUCGGGCUGGAAGCCACAGGUCUCACCUCAGGCGAUCAGCUAGAAGCGUUUAACUGUAUCCCGGUGGACAGUGCAGUGGCAGUGGAGUGUGAUGAGCAAGUGCUGGGGGAGUUUGAAGAGUUCUCCCGAAGGAUCUAUGCACUGAAUGAAAACGUGUCCAGCUUCCGCCGGCCACGCAGAAGUUCUGAUAAGUGAAGUGAGCAGACAGACAGGAGGACCAGGGCAGAAUCACUGCCUCAAUGACGAUAAAGCUGCACUUACCCUUUUUAAUAAUUAUGCCACAAAAAUGAAUAUUAAUGGAGGAUAUUCCUCAGAAAAACCAACUUUGGGAACAGAGGAGGGACUCAGGAUCAUUGUGUCUCGCAGGCCAGACCAAGUCAAGUUUUGCUUUCAAGAUUUGCUCUUCAGGCCUGAUGAUUGUUUUACGGCAAAAGUCACUCUCUAGUUGAAAGAGCUUAUAGCUCAAGUCACCUUAUGGGUAUCGUCUGCUUUUUAUUUACACAUCUAUGUUAUCCUGAGAGGGAAAAUGAUAAUAUAUAAGUAAUAUAAUGAAC